AUGCAUAUUUGUUUUACUUCAGUUACGGUGCAAAUGGGCAUCGAUAAAUUUCAUUGGGAAAUAAUAAAGAAUGAAAAAUCUUAUAACAAUUUUACAGUCCAAGAAGUUGCUUUAUUCGUAGAAUCUCUCCGCACUAACUUAGUGAUUGAAACAAUAAAUCAAUCAAAGGAAUUCAUUAAUUAUGCUGUAGAAAAUUCUGAACAAGUUAAUAUAGUUACGUCUGAAGCUUUUGGUUACCUUACAUCUUUUAUGGACUUCACAACGUUUUUAAUUUUAGCUGAUCGUCCUGGAUAUUGUGAUUUUUGCCUUUCCCGAAGUUAUUUGGAAGAUGUAUUACCCGAUAAUUAUCCUUCGGUUGAUACGGCUUCUGAUCUGUCUGAACGAACCCGCUUUAACAUAAAUUUCUUUGUAUCGUUAGAUAGAAAAUUUUCACAAAAUUAUGUUCCAUCGGAUCAAGAUAUUUUAUAUACACGAAUGAAUACUACUGAUAUUGUUGAAACUAUAUUUCGUUUGGGUCCACUUGCCUAUCGAUCA